AUGGCAAUUAAUUUAUUUUAAAACACAAACAGUAAUAGUAAUUGGAAUUAACAAAAGAAGUAUGUGUUAAUUGAAAUUAAUUAGUACGAGAGUGGAAGGUUCAUACAGAGCUUAAUUUUAACAAAUAAAAUUAGACUAUAUUCCAAAUGAUUCAUAAAGUUUUGGUCCUCAGUAUUCUACAACUAUUAUUGCUUAAUAAGAAUAUAAAGGAAUGGUAAUGUAUUUGUAGUAAAUCAAUAAAGACUUUAAUGAUGGUGAGAUUGGAAGAUUAUUUUCUAAUUCGAUCAUAGCAAAUUCAACGUUCACAUUAAUCAAUGAUUUAAAAUGCUUGUAGCCAAGGUCUUUUCAAUCCAAAAUUGAUAACUAAUGUUAAUUCUUAAAGUAAAUUAUUGACUAAAUAUUAGCCCUAUAACCACCUUAAUUUUUUUAAAAUUAUAGAAAUUCAUGGAAUAAUAGUUCAACUAAUAAUUACCAAAGUACUACAUAUAGUUCUAAUAAUAUCUUUAAUCAAAAUAAUACAAAAAAUGUCUUCUAAACUUAAUCAACAUCAGAUAAUAUAUUUAAUAAUACUUCAAACUAAUAAAAUCAGCUAUUUUAACAAUAAUCAAAUAACAGUAUGAAUAUAUUCUAACAGCCAAAUAAUUAAAAUAAUAUUUUUAACUCUUCAAAUAAUAACAAUAAUAAUAUUUUUAAAUAAUCAACUACUCCAAAUACUACAAAUAAUCUUUUUUCAUAAACCCCUAACAAUAACAUUUUUGCCUAAAACAAUCAGCCUAACAUAUUUUAAUAGCCACAACAAUAAAGCUUUAAUUUAUACAAUUAAUCUUCUUUAUUUCCUCAAAAUAAUUUAUAUCCCUAAAAUAACAUCUUCUCUUAACCAAAUUUAUUUGGAUAUAGUAAUGGGUAUGGAUAACCUUUUAUAUACGGAUAACCUAGUUUAUAUCCUAAUCUUAUGAACUAUUCACAAUCCCCGUAUUAUUAAUCUAUAUUAUAAUCUUAAAGCUAGCAAUAAAUAAUGUAUCCUUAACUUUAACAAUUUGAAAAAGUUAAAGAUGCAGCCGAUAUUUUAUAAACCUAUGCAGAUGUUUUGAAAUAAAAAUAUCAACAAUUCUAAGAACUACAAAAAAAUGAGGAAUAACAUUUUGAAUAACAAGAAUUAAUUAUAUAAGAGCAUGAAAGACAGAAUUAAUAAAUUAGAUAGUAAAGAGAAAGAAUUUUAAAUUAAUCAACAUCGGUUAGAGCUAAUAAAAGCAAGUCACCCUCGCUAUUUUCUAUUUCAAGAACUGGAAAAUCGUCUAUUAAUUACAAUAAAAUGAAUUCUAGUUUACAAAGAUCGCAUAUUGUAGAAUAUAAUAGUAGUUAGAUUUCUAAUUAUGAAACGUAAGAUAAUACUUUACAUAUUAUUAUAAAAUUUUUAGAAAGUGAUAAAUAAUUUCCAACAAUUACAUAAUCAUUCAAACCAAAAAGUAGAAUUGAGCAUGUUAAAUUCUUUAUAGAAAAUAUAUUAUCUGAAUAAAAUAUUUUUGGAAAAUAAAGAUAUUAAUACUUUUAGAUGGUAAGAAUUAAAACUGGAUAAGACUUUAUUCUUGAUGAUACAAUAUAUUUAGAUAAAUGUCCAAGAUAUAUUACAUUUGAGUAUUUUUGUACAAUUAAACCAAAACUUACAAAACCAGGUUAUUUAUGUAACGUUAAUUUUGAUUAAAAAACUGAAUAAGAAUUAUCUAGUGUAUAAGAUUUUUGUAUUUCUAAUUAAUUUGGCCAAGUUCGUUGGUUGACUCCCUGUAAUUUACUUUAUUUGGACCUUGAUAAAAUUGUUGAAUUAACUCAAGAAUGCAUCAAUCUGUAUGACUCUGAGAUUAUGCAUGAUUAUCUGAAGCCAGAUAAUGGAAAUAAAUUAAAUAAAGAAUGCGAAAUUACAUUCAACUUACCUGCUAAUCUAAAAAUCAAUGAUAAUGAGAAAUUUGAAUAAAAUCUUAAAUAUUAAGCAGAAGGGAAAAAUAUUGAAUUUAUCAAAUUUGAUAGUUCAAAUCGAUCUUAUACUUUCAAAGUAUAGCAUUUCUCAGGAUAUUAAUUUAAUUCGGAUUAUUGUUCUUCUGACGAUUCAACUCAUUUACAUUAGGUGGCUAUUCAAACUAAUGCAAGUAUAGUUUUAGGUUAGUUAGAUGAAGAAAGGUCUUCUUCAUCUUCAGAUGAAAAUUGUAAUGAAGAAUAAUUAGAAGAAUUAAAAUAAUUUAAUAAUAAAUAUAAAGCAUCUAUAGAUACUUUAAGAAAUUCUAAUUUAUCUUUAAGAAAUGAAUAAAUUAUUUAGUUUAAUUUGAAAAGUAAUUUAAAAGUACCCUUAAACAAUUCGUACUGUAAUCAUUAAUUAUAAAAUUAAAGUAUCCUUUAAAUUUUAUUUCUUGAUCCUUCAAAGAUUCCUUAUUAAUCGUAAAAAAUGAAACUUUCUACAUUAAUCAUUUAGAUGUAUUAGAAAUUUGAGGAUAAAAAUUUUUAAUUUUAAUUAAAACUAUUUAAUGCCCUUUUUGGUGAUACAUCAAUCAAUAUAGGAAAAUAUGCUAAGCUAACACAAAAUUGUGUUUUUGAUUUAACAGAGCUAUAGUCAAUAACUUAACAUAAGUAAAAUAGAGGUUUGGCUUUUAGUCUAAUUUUUGAAAAUUAAAAAAAAAAAUAAAAUAAUGAUUUUAGAGAGGUUGUUAUAGAUUAAAAGAACCUUAAUCCAAUUUAAAAAAUAUUAUUAACUGUAAAUUCUAAAUCUCAAAAAAAAAUUGCUUUAGUAAAUGGAGAUGUGAUAGAUGAAUUUAUUAUUUGGAGAAUUAACUGUGAACAACCAAAACCACUUUAUUAAAAUUAAUGGUGGUUAAGUCUUUAUAAGCAUUUCUAAGGAAUGCCUAUUAAGACUAUUGAUUAAGCUAUCCUUUAUUAUUAUUUAAUUAUGAAGACAAAAUAGCCUAGUGGUUCAUAUGACAUUUUAUUAAAUUUUAUUUAAUAAAGUAAUGACUCCCUUGUCUAUCUACUUUUUAUCAUAAUUACAAGAAAAAACACCAUAAAUAUUGGGAAAAUGAAAAUUUUAGCCAGAUCUUUAUUAUCUAAAUUGGUUAGUAAUAAUAUUAGUUAUGAAAUAAUAUAUCAAUUUAUUUUAAUAUUAAAACCUAAAAUAUUAGAGAAUAAAGAAGCUUUAAGAUUAUAAAAUUUGAUAAAUAAACAUCCAAAUUACUUAGAAUUAGCUAAUGAGGAUUAAGAAAUAUCAAAAUACAUCACUAAUUAAGAUUAUAAAAAUGCAUCCAUUCAAAUAUUAAAGUAACAGAAGAUAUCAGAAUACCAAUAAAUAAUAGAGGAUUAUGUUAUUCCUUGUCUUGUCCUAGAAAAUUAAAAAUAUUAUUAAUAUUUAUAUGAUGAUUGGACAACAUAAUUAAUAAAUUAAAUAUUAGAUAAGAUAACCUUCAGUUCUGAUACCAUUACAUUAGCUUAGGUAAUUUUAUAUAAAACUAUUAUUUAGGUAUAUAUGGGAAGAUUAGAGUUUGAUAGUAAUCAAGUUGAUAAUUUAAUUGUUUAAAAUGAAUAUCAAUAUUUUAUGAAAUAAAAGGUUUUGCAAUCAUGUUUUGAGAAUUGA